AUGGACCAGAGGGAACAGUUUAAGGGAAUAGCAGUCAUUGCCAACAUUACAAGAAUAACGACAGGUAGGCCAGAGCAGCAAACAAAGGUAAAAACAGGCACGAGGGUAGGUUACAAAGUUGGUGCGGGGGUGAGGCCAGCCAGCCACAAGCUGGCCAACCACAAGCUGGCCAACCACAAGCUGGCCAACCACAAGCUGGUCAACCACAAGCCGGCCAACCACAAGUCUGCCAACCACAAGCCAGCCAACCACAAGCCGGCCAACCACAAGCCGGCCAACCACAAGCCUGCCAACCACAAGCCAGCCAACCACAAGCUGGCCAACCACAAGCUGUCCAACCACAAGCUGGCCAACCACAAUCUGGCUAACCACAAGCUGGCCAACUACAAGCUGGCCAACCACAAGCUGGCCAACCACAAGCCGGCCAACUACAAGCCAGCCAACCACAAGCUGGCCAACCACAAGCCUGCCAACCACAAGCCUGCCAACCACAAGCCUGACAACCACAAGCCGGCCAACCACAAUUUCUACUCAUUAGGAGGAGGUCCUCACGCAUCUGCCACCGUAGUUGAAUCAGCACACUGCGUCCAGACUGACAUCAUAGCUGCAGGCCACUGCCCGUGCUGA